AUGACCUCGAGGCGGAAGACAUUUGCGGCGUUCGGUGCCAGGCCUAAAGUUGAUGGAUACAACCCGAUCGGGAGUAUCCAUAAAGCUGCCAGGCACGGUGAUCUGAAAGGAGUAAGGCGUCUCCUGGUUCGCGGGGGCUGUCAUGUCAAUGACAUAGACAAGAAGAACAGACAAGAAGAACAGGUAAUAGAGUGUGCGAGUCCUGCAGCCCCACAGGGAAGGGGCCUUCGGGAAAAGGCCAUCCAACAGCAGGAAGAGGAAUGUGUAACUAUUCUUCUUGAAAAUGGUGCUGAUCUAAAUGUUCAGGACCCCAAUGGUGAAACUCCUCUCCAUCAUGCUGUUUAUACUGACAACACAUCAAUAGCAGCAAAACUACUUUCACAUAAUGCAAAUAUUGAAGCCCAAAACAAGGAUGGCCACACACCACUUUUACUUGCCCUAAAGGAAAACAAACACCAUAUGGCAGAAUUUUUAAUUAAGGCAAAAGCAAAUGUACAUGCAGUUGAUAACAGGGGCAGAACAGCCCUCAUGCUGGCUGUGAGAUAUGAAUCACCAGGUAUAAUCAAGCUUCUAAUUGAAGAAGGGGUUGAUAUCUUUGCAGAAGAUAAGAAUGGAGGGACUGCCUUAUGUUAUUCUGUUGCCAGUGGCUACAAUAUAUGUUCUGAUAAACCUGGUCCUAGUGAUUCUACACCAGAUGAAGGCAACAAUCAAUCUGAUACCAAGAAUGUUGCAGAAGAUAAAGAAUUAUAUGAAGAUUUUCAACAAUCCAGUAAAGAUGAAGCAAAAUCUGUCACAGGAACACAAGAAAACAAAACCGUGUUUGACCACGGUGGUACUGAAUGUCAAAAGGAAGACAAAGCUGGAGUCAAUUUUGCACAAUCAAUCAGUAUAAAGCACUCUUAUAAGCCUUCCUUUUCAGCUACUAACUCAAAGCAUUUAUCUGGUGAUGAUAAUCAAGGAGAACAGAAGAUAGGAAAACAUGUGGAAGAUGUGGGUUCUAUGUCUUCUCAUAUGGGUGGAUCAAGAAAUGAUAUGGUGGCUAAAUCAGAGGAUACCACAAUUGACAGUGUGUCCAUGUCCUCCAAAGAACCUCAUUCAGAUGUGACACCAGAGGAUGGGGCAAAAACUCUUCAUGGCACUAAGAAGAAGUGGACAAAGUCUUCAUCUUUGACUGAAUCAAGAAAUGAAAACAUGGCUAAACCAGAAGAUACAGGAAUUGACAGUGUGCCCAUGUCCCCCAAAGAAUGUCAUUCAGAUGUAACACCAGAGGAUCGGGAAAAAACUCUUCAUGGUACUAAGAAGAAGCGGGGAAAGCGAUCCUCUGGUAAUGCUAAACAAGGACGAGAGCAGAGGAUAAAGGAAUAUGUUGAAGAAUGUCAUUCAGAUGUAACACCAGAGGAUCGGGAAAAAAUUCUUCAUGGUACUAAGAAGAAACGGACAAAGCGAUCCUCUGGUAAAGCUAAACAAGGAGGAGAGCAGAGGAUAAAGGAAUGUGUUGAAGAUGUGGGUCUUAUGUCUUCUCCUUUGGCUGAAUCAAGAAAUGACAGCCUGGCUAAACCAGAGCAUACAGGAAUCAACAGUGUGCCCAUGUCCCCCAAAGAACCUCAUUCAGAUGUGACACCAGAGAAUGGGUCAAAAACUCUUCAUGGUACUGAAAAGAAACAUGCAAAGGAGAUGCAAGACUAUGAAUCUGUGGAAGGAGAUGUGAGUCUUAUGUCUUUUCCUUUGGCUGAAUCAGGAAAUGACAAUCUGGAUAAACCAGAGGAUACAGGAAUCGACAGUGUGCCCAUGUCCCCCAAAGAGUCUCAUUCUGAUGUAACACCAGAGGAUCCAGCAAAAACUCAUGGUACUAAGAAGAAGCGGGCAAAGCGAUCCUCUGGUAAAGCUAAACAAGGAGGAGAGCAGAGGAUAAAGGAACAUGUCAAAGAUGUGGGUCUUAUGUCUUCUCUUUUGGCUGAAUCAAGAAAUGACAACUUGGCUAAAGCAGAGGAUACAGAAAUCAACAGUGUGCCUAUGUCCCACAAAGAGUCUCAUUCAGAUGUAACACCAGAGGAUCCAGCAAAAAAACUUCAUGGUACUAAGAAGAAGUGGGCAAAGCUGUUUCAGCGAUCCUCUGAUAAUGAUAAACAAGGAGGAGAGCAGAGUAUAAAGGAACAUGUCAAAGAUGUGGGUCUUAUGUCUUCUCCCUUGGCUGAAUCAAGAAAUGACAACAUGGCUAAACCGGAGGAUUCAGUAAUUGACAGUGUGCCUAUCUCCCCAAAGGGACCCUCUGGUAAAGCUAAACAAGGAGGAGAGCAGAGGAUAAAGGAAUAUGUCAAAGAUGUGAGUCUUAUGUCUUCUCCUUUGGCUGAAUCAGGAAAUGACAACCUGGCUAAACCAGAGGACACAGGAAUCAACAGUGUGCCCAUGUCCCCCAAAGAGUCUCAUUCUGAUGUAACACCAGAGGAUCAAGCAAAAACGCUUCAUGGUGGUAAGAAGAAGCGGGCAAAGCGAUCCUCUGGUAAAACUAAACAAGGAGGAGAGCAGAGGAUAAAGGAACAUGUCAAAGAUAUGGGUCUUAUGUCUUCUCCUUUGGUUGACUCAAGAAAUGACAACAUGGCUAAAUCAGAGGAUACAGAAAUCGACAGUAUGCCUAUGUCCCCCAAAGAACCUCAAUUAGAUGUGACACCAGAGGAUGGGGCAAAAACUCUUCAUGGUACAAAGAAGAAGAAGUGGGCAAAGCUGUUUCAGCGAUCCUCUGAUAAUGAUAAACAAGGAGGAGAGCAGAGUAUAAAGGAAUAUGUCAAAGAUGUGGGUCUUAUGUCUUCUCCUUUGGCUGAAUCAAGAAAUGACAACAUGGCUAAACCAGAGGAUACAGGAAUUGACAGUGUGCCUAUCUCCACCAAAGAGACUCAUUCAGAUGUGACACCAGAGAAUGGGUCAAAAACUCUUCAUGGUGCUGAAAAGAAGCAUGCAAAGCAUUCCUCUGGUGAUGCUAAUCUUGAAGCAGAGAAGAUAAAUACAUAUAUAGAAGAUGUGGAUCUUAUGUCUUCUUUGGCUGAAUCAAGAAAUGACAACUUGGCUAAAGCAGAGGAUACAGAAUUCGGCAGUGUGCCCAUGUCCCCCAAAGAACCUUAUUCAGAUGUGACACCAGAGAAUGGGACAAAAAGUCUUCAUGUUUCUAAGAAGAAGCGGACAAAGGUCACAAAUCAAAUAAAUGCUAUGGAAGACCUUGAUGAAUCACAGUCACCUUUAACAGCCUCACAGGUUUCUGAAGUGGCUUACCCUAAUUGUAGGGAUAUUUGGAUGCUGUUUGAACAACCAAGCAUGUCGUAUAAAGAUUCUCAUAGCCUACCAAAAAUCAAAAAAGCAGUUGAUUCAUGUCAAAGAAUAGAACUUGAAAAAAGUCAUCCUUCACAGGGUUCAUUACCUUUGAAAGAAGUGGCAAAACUGGAAAAUAAACUUUGUGUACUAAAAGAGGAGUUAUCAGAAAUGGAAAAUGCAAAGUCUAAGUUAGAGCAGAAAGAAAUAAAAUGGAAACAAGAACUCUGCAACUUGAGGGAUGACUUAAAAGAAAAGGAGAAGAAGUUAAGAGAUUUUGAUCAGCUUUGUGAAAAAAUGAACAACCAGUUAAGAGAAAUAGAGGAGAAGUAUGAGAAGGAAGUUGAAUUGAACAAAGAACUUCAACUCUUUUCUGGGUCACUUAAAACAGAAUUAGAGACUGCAAGAAAUAACUUGAACAAGGUUUCUACAAGGAAAGAAACAGAAAAAGAGUUGUUGCAUAAAUACCACAUAUUGGAGGAUAGAUUUGCUAUGAUAAGAUUGGAAAUGGAGAAAAUGAAUCACCAAAAUCAGGAAGAUAAAAAGGAAUAUCUAGAGGUCAUUGACAGUUUAAGAGAAAAGAAUGAUGACCUUCAAAGGACAAUCAAAUUGAAUGAGGAAACGCUUACAAAAACAACAUUCCAAUAUAAUGAACAGAUUGAUAUUCUGAAAACUGAGAUUACAAAGCUAAAGUUUAAACUGGAAAAUAAAGAGCAGAACACAGAAAGGCAGGAAACAGAAGUCAAAUCAUACCCUGCUAGUCAGGCUGUUGCUGCACUUCCUUGUAAUGAAAAUCAGACAUCCAAAAGAGAACUAGAACUUCCUUCUCAGAGAGCAACAGAUGGGUGCCUGGGUUUAAAGGACAAGGAGAAUUUCAAAAUAUCAAAACUAAAUGUUGGUAGUGAGAUUCUUUCCCAAAAGUUUUCCAAGUCUGGAAUAAAAGUCAUUCUCCCAGAAAAAAAGUUCUGUAGUCAUAUGAGACGUGAUCUUAGGAAAGUGAUUAUGACUUUAAAACAGGUAGUUUUGAGACAAUCUGAAGAAGAACUGACUGAUAACCAGACAGAAGAAUCUCAGUCAGAAGUUUUAUCCAAACAUUCAUCACGUUAUCACCUUAAUACAGAAGAUGGGAUACAGGAUUUGAAGAAGAUACUAGAUCAAGUUGUAUGUCAAACACAUACAGCAACUUCAAACGUUUUAGAGGAGUUAAAGUAUAAUGAGGUUUCAAUGAUAAAGUUGAUGCAACGCAGAAUUGACAAGCUACAAUAUGAAAUACAAAUGGAAGAACAUGAUGAAUUCCAUGUAGAAGAAUAUAAAGUCCAUAAGUAUGUCAAAAUGUAUAGUAAGAAAAGAGCUUAA